CUUCAGAGAAGCCAUUGUUGUCUUGUUUUCUCGUUGCCACCACCACACUUAAACACAAUGUGUGGGAUUCUCGCUGUUCUUGGUUGCAUCGACAACACUCAAGCUAAACGUUCUCGUAUCAUCGAACUCUCUCGCAGGUUGAGGCAUAGAGGUCCUGAUUGGAGUGGACUCCAUUGUUAUGAAGAUUGUUAUCUUGCCCAUGAGCGUUUAGCCAUCAUUGACCCUACUUCUGGAGACCAACCGCUCUAUAACGAAAACAAGACCAUCGUUGUCACGGUCAAUGGAGAGAUAUACAACCACAAGGUUUUGCGUGAAAAGCUAAAGUCUCAUAAAUUCCAUACUGGCAGUGACUGUGAAGUGAUUGCACACCUUUACGAAGAAUAUGGAGAGGAAAUUAUCGACAUGUUGGAUGGAAUGUUCGCCUUUGUCCUUCUUGAUACACGCGACAAAAGUUUUAUUGCUGCUAGGGACGCCAUUGGUGUAAUCCCGUUAUACAUUGGAUGGGGUGUUGAUGGUUCUGUCUGGUUUGCUUCCGAGAUGAAAGCGCUUAGUGAUGAUUGUGAACAGUUUAUGGCUUUCCCUCCUGGCCACAUCUACUCAAGUAAACAAGGAGGACUUAGGAGGUGGUACAAUCCUCCGUGGUACUCUGAACAGGUUCCUUCAACCCCAUAUGAUCCUUUAGUUCUGCGCAAUGCUUUUGAGAAGAAAAAAAAAUUUCAGGCUGUUAUAAAGAGACUUAUGACUGAUGUGCCUUUUGGAGUUCUCCUAUCUGGAGGAUUGGACUCGUCUCUUGUUGCUGCAGUAGCAUUACGCCAUUUGGAACAAUCGGAAGCUGCUCAAUGGGGUUCACAAUUGCACACGUUUUGCAUCGGUUUGAAGGGAUCGCCGGAUCUUAAAGCUGGCAGGGAAGUUGCUGACUAUCUUGGAACACGCCACCACGAGUUUCAGUUUACAGUUCAGGAUGGGAUAGACGCAAUUGAGGAAGUCAUUUACCAUAUUGAAACCUAUGACGUGACAACAAUAAGAGCUAGCACUCCGAUGUUUCUUAUGUCCAGAAAAAUUAAAUCUUUAGGUGUAAAGAUGGUUCUUUCUGGGGAAGGUUCUGAUGAAAUUCUCGGAGGAUACUUGUACUUCCAUAAGGCACCCAACAAGAAAGAAUUUCAUGAGGAAACAUGCCGAAAGAUCAAAGCUCUCCACCAAUUUGAUUGUUUGAGGGCUAACAAAUCAACUUCUGCGUGGGGUGUUGAAGCUCGUGUGCCUUUCCUAGAUAAAGAAUUUUUAAAUGUCGCAAUGAGCAUUGAUCCAGAAUGGAAGAUGAUCAAGCCUGAUCUUGGAAGGAUCGAGAAGUGGGUGCUACGCAAUGCCUUUGAUGAUGAAGAACGACCUUAUCUACCAAAGCAUAUUCUGUAUAGACAGAAAGAACAGUUUAGUGAUGGAGUUGGGUAUAGCUGGAUUGAUGGUCUAAAAGAUCAUGCAAACAAACAUGUCUCUGAUACUAUGUUAUCGAACGCAAGCUUUGUCUUCCCGGAUAACACACCUCUGACAAAAGAAGCUUACUACUACAGAACCAUCUUCGAAAAGUUCUUCCCCAAGAGUGCUGCAAGGGCGACUGUACCAGGAGGGCCAAGUAUUGCUUGCAGUACGGCGAAAGCUGUAGAAUGGGAUGCAACUUGGUCAAAGAAUCUUGAUCCCUCAGGGCGUGCGGCUCUUGGAGUUCAUGUUGCAGCUUAUGAGGAGGAGAUUAAAGCUGCUGCUAAGGUUGGAUCCGACUCAGUAGAUUCUCUUCCUAAGAACGGAUUAGAAGAGAACAUUACAGGCGCUGUUUGAGAGGAGAAACAAAGAUGCCAUGGAUGUCCAGUUACUUCAAGUGUGAUACACGACGUCUGCAUUUGUGCUCAAGUUUCUGCGUAUUUUCUCGUUCUUGUUUGUUUUAGACAAAUCUUGUAAGCUAGAUAUUUAAGAUUUUGAACGUUUAGUCUGAUGAAUCCGAACUUGUUUCAUUACAAAAGGUUGUCUUUCUGUACAACUCUUCUUGUAUUUGUCUUGGCUUGUUGUUACGUAAGUGCAGAGACUUGUCUUCAUUA